UGGGGGGCGGCACAAUUGUUCCGCGGGGGUUGGUCUGCGCACAAGGGCGGUUCUCCGCGCCCUCGUCUGCGAUAUAGUCAUCCUUUCGCCACGCUCCUGAGCAAACCUUCGCAGCAUGGUAGACUGAAGAAAAUGUGGGCCGCUCUGCUGGUGAUGUUGUUGGUGGAGGUGCGAGGUCUGGUGCCAGACUGCCCUGACGAGUGCCUGUGCCUGUCGCAGUCGCAGGUUCUGUGCAACACGGGGGGCCUGACUGAAAUCCCGAAGAACCUGCCGGUGACGGUGCAGCACCUGUCGCUGACCAAAAACAGUUUUCCGCUGAUCCGGACGGACGCGUUCAACGGUCUGAAGGGGCUGACGCGGCUGCACCUUGACGGCAACAACAUCUCCGUCAUCAAGCCGUUCGCGUUCCGCGGGUUGCCGCGCCUCAAGGAGAUCUCCAUCCAGCACACGCCGCUCAAACUCGUCUCGCAGUUCGCGUUCGCCGGCCUGCAAAACGUCUCGCACAUUUUCCUCGGCCACAACCACAUCGAGAAGGUCGAAGGGUACGCGUUCGCCGGCACCUCCAACGUCCGCCUCCUCCUGCUGAACAACAACCCGCUCAAAAGGGUCGAGGCGUCCGCCUUCUCAGGGCUCACCCACGUCGAGCACAUCAUCCUCCCGUCAGGAGUGAAAGUGAUAGAGCCUGAUGCGUUCAAUGGCUUGGAUACCGUGGGUCUUUUGAAACUGGCCUUCAUGGACUUGCAGGCUCUGCAAACCAACACAUUUCAUAACUUAAUCAGGGUCCACGUUCUAACGAUACAGGAGUCCGACCUGGGGGUGAUUGAAGAGGGCGCCUUUGAAGGUCUGUCUCUGGUGACCAACCUGAACAUCAUCAACAACAAAAUCGACGCGAUCAGGGGUCUGGUGAUCAAGGCGAGCAGCCGGGUGCGCACGCUGCGUUUCCACGGCAACCACCUGCUGGAGACGCCGACCCUGUCAGGGCUGGUGAUCGAGGGCGUGGAGCACCUGAGCGUCAUCAACAACCACUUCCCGUGCGACUGCCACGUGCACACCCUGCUGGCCAGCACCCUGGCCAACACGUCCGACUUUAAGCGGCGCAACUUCUGCAUCUCGCCGCUCGAGGUCAACGGCCGCACCAUCGAGUCGCUCGACCUGGACACGAUCGGCCGCUGCUCGGACCAGAUGACCAGGGACACCCUGGAGGGGGCGCGCGGCCCAGCACACACCCCCCACCUCUGUCCACUCCUACUCUUUCUGCUACUUGUGAUACGCCUGUUGAUGUUUUAGACAAAAUAAUAAUUAUAUAAUUACAAUAAAAGAGAGAAAGAAUUAAAAUUAUAAAAUUCGAUUGGGGUGUGCGUAGAUUUAUACUAAUUAAACACGAGAUGCAGGUUAUUUAAUACUUAAGGUGUGUUACACAAGAAUCGGUGUCAGUGUCAAUCUUAUACUCUAAUAAUGAAAAAAUGUACACAUGAUAUUCUAUGGAAAUUACUAUGUUAAUUCAGGUGCCAAAGAAUAAAAACGACCUACUGCAAAUGCAUGUU